AACUUAGUUGUACAUGAGCAUGGUGCGGCUAAAUUAUUAUAUAAGUGGAGGCGAGGAACGUGUGAUCAAGGCAUUGUGUCUUGUUAGCUGAAACUGACAACAACAUGUGGACUGCACAACCAGUCUUCUGGACCUCCGUCCUCGUGACUUUAGGUGUGGCUCUGUUCCAGAUCUCCGAUGCACAACUCGAAGUUCGACUAGUGAAUGGUGGAAACCAUUUAGAAGGUCGUGUAGAGGUUCUAAGUAACGGAGUAUGGGGAACUGUUUGUGACGACUCCUUCGAUGAUAACGACGCCCAGGUGUUCUGUCGUAUGUUGGGACUGCAAGGAGGAGUGGCCCACUCAUACGCAACCUUCGGCCAAGGAAGUGGUCAAAUUUUGCUUGAUGACUUGUAUUGUACAGGAUCUGAGGAUAACAUCGCAGACUGUAUAAGUAGGGGUCUUGGAAGUCAUAACUGCGGACACCAUGAAGAUGCUGGGGUUACAUGCGAAGAAGAAUACUCCAGUGACUAUUCGUAUGAAUAUUCAUCAUUCAACGACUACCCCAGUGAAUAUUGGUCUGAAUAUUCAUCUUUCAGCUACUAUCCCAGUGAAUAUUGGUCUGAUUAUUCAUCGUUCAGCGACUACCCCAGUGAAUAUUGGUCUGAUUAUUCAUCGUUCAGCGACUAUCCCAGUGAAUAUUGGUCUGAUUAUUCAUCGUUCAGCGACUACCCCAGUGAAUAUUGGUCUGAAUAUUCAUCUUUCAGCUACUACCCCAGUGAAUAUUGGUCUGAUUAUUCAUCGUUCAGCGACUACCCCAGUGAAUAUUGGUCUGAUUAUUCAUCGUUCAGCGACUACCCCAGUGAAUAUUGGUCUGAAUAUUCAUCGUUCAGCUACUACCCCAGUGAAUAUUGGUCUGAAUAUUCAUCGUUCAGCGACUACCCCAGUGAAUAUUGGUCUGAUUAUUCAUCGUUCAGCGACUACCCCAGUGAAUAUUGGUCUGAAUAUUCAUCGUUCAGCGACUACCCCAGUGAAUAUUGGUCUGAUUAUUCAUCGUUCAGCGACUACCCCAGUGAAUAUUGGUCUGAAUAUUCAUCGUUCAGCGACUACCCCAGUGAAUAUUGGUCUGAUUAUUCAUCGUUCAGCGACUACCCCAGUGAAUAUUGGUCUGAAUAUUCAUCGUUCAGCGACUACCCCAGUGAAUAUUGGUCUGAUUAUUCAUCGUUCAGCGACUACCCCAGUGAAUAUUGGUCUGAAUAUUCAUCGUUCAGCGACUACCCCAGUGAAUAUUGGUCUGAUUAUUCAUCGUUCAGCGACUACCCCAGUGAAUAUUGGUCUGAAUAUUCAUCGUUCAGCGACUAUCCCAGUGAAUAUUGGUCUGAUUAUUCAUCGUUCAGCUACUACCCCAGUGAAUAUUGGUCUGAAUAUUCAUCGUUCAGCGGUUGUUCGCCCGAUGACUUCCAAUGUUGGGACGGUUCGUGUAUACCCGGUUACUGGCAUUGCGAUAAUAUUCCAGACUGUUCAAAUCAGGAGGAUGAAGCUAAUUGCGAUGACUACAAUUCGUAUGAUUCUGACUUCUUUUCGUACUCUGACUACCCGCCGUACUCUGACUUCUUUUCGUACUCUGACUACCCGUCGUACUCUGACUACCCGUCGUACUCUGGUUGUUCACCCGAUGACUUCCAAUGUUGGGACGGUUCGUGUAUACCCGGUUACUGGUAUUGCGAUCAGAUUCCAGACUGUUCAAAUCAUGAGGAUGAGGCUUAUUGCGAUAGUUGGAACUCUGAGUCAUCAUACAUGGGCUGGACACCGGAGCCGUACCCCUGGUCAUCUACUGAUGGUUGUUCACCCGAUGACUUCCAAUGUUGGGACGGUUCGUGUAUACCCGGUUACUGGUAUUGCGAUCAGAUUCCAGACUGUUCAAAUCAGGAGGAUGAGGCUUAUUGCGAUAGUUGGAACUCUGAGUCAUCAUACAUGGGCUGGACAUCGGAGCCGUACCCCUGGUCAUCUACUGAUGGUUGUUCACCCGGUGACUUCCAAUGUUGGGACGGUUCAUGUAUACCCGGUUACUGGUAUUGCGAUCAGAUUCCAGACUGUUCAAAUCAGGAGGAUGAGGCUUAUUGCGAUAGUUGGAACUCUGAGUCAUCAUACACGGGCUGGACACCGGAACCGUACCCCUGGUCAUCUACUGAUGGUUGCACGCCCGAUGAAUUCCAAUGUUGGGACGGUUUUUGUAUACCUGAUUAUUGGCGUUGUGAUGGGAUGCAAGAUUGCACAUUUAAUGAGGACGAAGACUUUUGUGAAGACUACGGAAGCUCAUCUGACUACUGGUCAGAAUGGCAACCUGAAUCCGCUGAAGGUACCUGCCAACAUAUUGAAUGCUCCUGUACCGGUAGCCAGUGUCGAUCUGUGGACUGUUAUUGUGAUGCUGCUUGUGAACGGUUUGAAGACUGCUGCAACGAUCGACAAUACUACUGUUCCAAUUCAGCCAUGAAUUCAGGUCUUUACUACAUCCAGGCUAUCCAAGAGAUGCCGGUUAACCUCCGACGUCGACGAGCAGCAGAAGCCAAGAAGCGCCGAGCUCGCCGAUCAGUAUCCGACAAGGUGAGCCCUGAAGCUCUUCGAAGACAUAAGGACCUAGCAAAGCGCCUUCGGGGACGCCGAGCUGCAGACAAGGCCAGACGAGUCCGAAAUGCUGAAGCCUAAUUAAAGAACCUGGCAGGAGACAUCCGCCUAAUAUCUAAAAGAUAUAGCUUAGUCUAGAUGGCCGUUCAAGCUAUUGAAUAAAAAAAAAUUAAAAAUGGUCUGAUACAAAACUUUAAUAAGGUCUCAUAUCAUAUAAUUAAAAAGCCUACGUUCGAUUUCCUGCUAAAAGUAUUUCCGAACCUUUCGUUUCUACAAGUCACAUGCAAAGAUUGAAUAUUGUGCAAUGUUCUUAAUCAUUUAAAUGAUGCCUGAGACACUUGUCAUUUAUUAUCGUGUAAUUGUCAUGUGAUCAUUGUUUGCCUAACAUCUAUUUUCAUGGUAGUUGAUUACCCGUUUAUCAGUCUCACUAAAUAUGCUUAGAAAUUAGGGAAACUUUUUUUUUUUUUUUUUUGUAAUCAUUUUUUUUACGAUAGGUACCAAAAAAUAACCCAAACGCUUUUAUUUCCUUGGCUCCAUUUCGUUAAAAAAGGGAUACAGUGAUAGGGAAUAUCACAACCUUACCUCCCCCGCAAGCUUUUUUUUUUAUUAUUACGUGAUGAGGAAAUUCAACAAAUAUCAAUAAUAGUAUUUUGUUUACAUUUCUUUAGUUGAUUUGUGUGUGCUAGGGAAAGGAAGUGUGUGGAUUUGGAUAAUAAUAUCCUUCAUCAUAGUUUCAUACAAGAAAUAAAAUGUUGAAACCAUGAAUUUUAUUUAUUCUUAUGCCUUUAUUGAAAUAUACUAUUACAUAAUUAGUAAAUGAAUAUACAAUAUAUAUAUAUAUAUAUAUAUCUCUCACAAUGCUAUGAGAAGGUUUAAUUUCAUGUUAUAAAUAUUUUUCAAGAACAGAUUGAUAUUGAUGCGCUGCUGUGCGGGCAUUGAUAGGCGUCUGAAUCUUGUCAUUGAUUAAAUGAACGGUCAAAAUACAAA